CAAAUUUUAUUUCGUCGUGCGCGCGCAGCAUUUGAAUAAUAAUAAUAACAACGACGACGAUACCUACGUAGCGACUAUCCGCGCGAGUGCGCGACGGCGUUCGAGUCGGUAGUAGUUCUAGUCUCGGUCGACUGCCGGGCUGCAGCUCCGUACUCGACUUCUCGAUUGGGGACCGGUGCGUACCGAGCUGUGAGUACUGAGUGCUCGUCGAGGAACGGAGUAACUCGGCCCUACGUCAGUCGAUGCUUGCACGCGUACGACGACGGCAUGGACGAACGCGACGAGUUGGUGGCUGACGGCGGAGGGAUCGACGUGCAGUUUUCGGACGUGUCGUACUCGGUUACCGUCUGGACACCCGGCAGGAUAUUCGGUCCGGAGAAAAAACAGAUUUUAAAAAAUGUCAGCGGCACAUUCCAUAAGAAACAAGCGUGCGCCAUAAUUGGAUGUUCUGGAUCUGGCAAGUCAUCGCUGUUAAAUUACAUUUCUGGUUACAAGACAUGUGGUUACAAAGGAGAUAUAAUUAUUAACGGACAGCCUCGCAAUCGAAAACAAUUCAUGAAACAAUUGAGUUAUAUAAUGCAAGAUGAUAAUUUACAACCUCACCUUACUGUAUUGGAAUCAAUGGAAAUAGCUUCUAAACUUAGAAACUGUAUCAUACAACUUGAUGUCAACCAUAAAAUCUUAAUCAAAAGAAUAUUGGAUAAUUUGAAGUUGUCAGAAAAAGAAAACACUUUGGCGGGACAGUUAUCUGGGGGUGAGCGUCGACGACUGUCUAUUGCUGUAGAAUUGAUACGUAAUCCAAAAGUCAUGUUUUUCGAUGAACCAACAACAGGUUUAGAUGUGGUAUCUGCAAAUUAUGUGGUAUCUAUGCUAAGAGACCUUGCCAAUUGUGGUAAGACAAUUAUAUGCACUAUUCAUCAGGCAUCUGCUUCCCAAUUGGAAAUGUUUAAUGCGUUAUACAUAUUAUCACCCACUGGUCAGUGCAUUUACCGUGGACAGUCGUCAAGUCUUAUAAGUUAUUUAUCAUCUGUUGGUCUCCAGUGUCCCUUACAUCAUAAUCCUGCAGAUUUUGUCAUUGAAGUGAGUUCUGGCGAAUAUGGUGAUCACAACGAAACGCUUGUUAAAUAUAUUAAUAAUGGAAAAUCAAAUGACUGGAACAAUGACAAAAGUAUUGAAAACUUAGGUGUUCAAACGCAAAACCGUCGUUCUAAUUGUUCACAACAUAAAUGCAUCUCAAAGUUUUUCAAUGAACUACGAAUACUUAUUAAUAGAACGUUAAUCAUCUCAUCUAGAGACAGUGACUUCAUCAGAGUAAGAAUAUUUGUACCUCUUUUAAUGAGUUUUCUGUUUGGUUCAGUAUAUUUAAAUAUUGGAAAAAGUGGUUCGUUCACACGUGAUAAUGUAAUAAUGUUAUACUUCAGUAUGAUGGCCAUUGUUUACUUAUCUGCCUACUCAAUGUCUAUAAAAUUUCCAAUGGAGUUGUUACUUAUGCGAUUAGAAUAUUUCAACCAAUGGUAUUCUCUUCGUUCAUAUUACACGUGUGUGACAUUAAUGGAUCUACCUUUACAGAUUAUAUCCACGGGUUUAUUUUGUAUCGUAAUCUAUUUAAUGACUGGACAACCAUUUGAAUUAUUCAGAUUUUCAAUGGUUUUUUUAAUGUUGAUUGUAACUGGCUUAAUGUCUCAAGCAACAGGAAUGUUGGUCGCAAUUUUGUUUAAGAAUUUUCUUAUAAAUACUAUUGUUAUUUCUUCAAUUAUUUUACCAAUGACAAUAUUUGCGGGCAUUAUGUUACGUAUCAAUGACACACCAAAAAUAUAUAGUUGGAUUUAUGAUGUUUCUAUGUUAAAACAUUCAAUGCAAGGUAUUUUACAUGCUAUAUAUGGUUUCAAACGAUCUGCAUUGCCAUGUCCAGAAAUUUAUUGUUAUAAUGGCUCACCAGAAUUGGUUCUCAAGGAUGUAAAUAUGAGUGAUAACAUAUUUUGGACUAGCGUUGGAUACAUCACUGCAGUAUUUUUAUUCCUUAAAAUUUGUACUUAUGUUGUUUUAAAACAUAAACUUUCCUGAUGAAAAUAAUUAAAAAUGUUUUAUGACUAAUAUUUGUUACUAGUAAGUGUUGGCGUUGUUAAAAAAAAAAAUCUAUUUUUUCUGCAUAGAAUAUAUUUUUAUAGUUAAAUAAUUGCAUAUCAAUAGUCAGAUGAUUGAAAAAAAAUAUUACAAUAUUUAUGUUUAUUAAGACUGUUGUAAGCACGGCUAUAGCCUAUAGAUUAUCUAUAGCCAUGGAUGUUAGGUACAGUAAUACAACCAUUAGAGGGGAGAAGCUAUAGAAAUAAAACCCAUACUGACCUUGAAGGAAAGUUUUUAUUUAAUGAUUUUGCUUUUUUAUUAAAAAAAUACAGUAAAUGUUCAAGUUCGUCUUUAAAAAUAAUUUUUCUUCCCUAAUUACAGCUUCUCAUUGUGCAACUGUUGUGGUUUAUAAGUUAGAUUAUUGUUAUGUAUUUAAAGUUAAAUUGGUAUACAGUAUGCCAUCGAUAAUCCAAAUAUUCUUGAAUAUUAGUGGCUGGGUAUGACCCGACAAUACUCAAGUAUGCCAUCCGAAAAUCUACUCAAAAUUUCUCACCACGGGUGAUCACAAUUUUCAGAUAAAUAAUAAAUGAAAAUGCUGCCCAAAAUCAAAAUUAAAUCUUAAUCGUAAUUUUUAUUUAGGAUUAUCAUCGUUUUACUGUAUAGGUCAAGUAUAGUUAAGCACAUUCAGACCAAAACUCAGCUUUGAAUUGGAACAGGUGUUUAAAAAAAUGUGGCUUAUGAAAAUUACCAAUAAAAAAAAACAUAAUGUUUACAGUGUUUGUUGCUUUGGUCUGAAUGUGGUUUAAUACUAUAAAAAAUUUUUUUUAUUGUAUUAGAUAUUUGGGUUUUUUUAAAAAAUUAUUAUCACAUUAUUAUAAUUUUUUCUUUGUUAAUUGAUCUGAUUGUGCUUAAAAAAUAAUUUGUACAUUUUUUAUAAUUUAAGUUUUAUUUAUGAUAUCUGUAUAGUUAGCACCCAGGACCCCACUUAUUGUAACAUGAAAUCUCUUGAUUUCUGAUCUCAAAACCAACGAAUUUAUAAACAUGUAUUUAAUUUUAUUAUUCCAUAAUAUAUUGUUUUGCUCAAAUGAAUACUACUAUUAGUGUCUUUUAUUGUGCUUGGACUUUUCGAAAACUGUAAAUUAUUUUUCUUUUUCAGAAUAAUAAUUCUUAAAUGUUAUAUUUAACCCAUUAACGCCAUGCGUUGCCAUAUGGCAACAUAGAUUUUUUACAAUAAUUUUUAAGAUAUAAUAUAUUAUGUUUUCAUCAAAAUGUUGGUUAAAAUUGUAAAUAAACAAAUUCCGGCGCUAAUGGGUUAACCGAGUAUUUAACUGUAGCACAAAAUUAACAUUACUCUGCUGUUAAAUAUAUUUUAAUAAGUGUGCCAAGGUUACCUUGUAGUUUAUACUGAAAUAUUUUUAAUUAUAUACAAAUGUUUUUUUGUCA